UUUAAUUUGGUCAAAUCCUGAAAAAAAAUAGUUAUUUGCUUUGGACGCUGCAGAAGGAAAGUAGCCUAAUAUUUUUCCUUUAUAUUUUAGAGAAGAAAAAGAGUGUUUACGUAGCAGGCUGCAGCAUUCAUUUGAGCAGGCAACUGAUAACAAAUGUGGAACUUAUUGAUUACCACUUUCUUAGGUAAUUGUUGGCCUUGAGCACAAAUUGUGCUCUCUAUGUGUAUGGCUUACAAACCAGCUCAUAAAAUUGGAGAAUGAUUUUUGGAAAAGAUGAUGUAUGAAUCCCUUCAUGUAGAAAUACAACUUUUUAUUCUGGAAAUUACUUGCAGAAAUUAGCUAGAAGAGAUAGCAGGCUGUCUGCUGCUCUGCCUCGGUAGCCUCCCUUCCUUGGGCAGCUGAAAAACGUGAAAGUUUAUCUUCUUUUCCACAAAACAUAAUGCAUACUUCAGCUCUGAGGUCCCAAUCUAUUGGAACGGAAAGGAUUUUGCAGCACUGGUGGUAGGUAUCCUCACAGCCUCAGCCUCAGCCGUGUGUCCCUGAAGUCAGGGCAUGAUACCAUCAUAUCUCCCCCAGCACACAGUGUAACACUGAUGGAAAUGGCAGACUCACCUGCUGCCUGUUUUUCCUCUGGACAAAAAUGAAAAUUUAAAUGCUGAACUUGUAGAUCUCUGGAUUUUAUUACCUUCUCUUUGAUUGCCUGGCUUACCAGUUUGGUAGUUCAGCUGCAGAUGAAGUGUCACAAUUCAAUCAGAACGGUGCUUCUCCUUUUGUUUAAGGGAAAAAGAGUGAGGAGGUCAACAACGGAUUGUUGGAUUCAAGAGGCUGUUGAAUUCCAGAGCAGUCAGCUGCACUGAGAGGGGCCACCUCUGAGCACGUUCCCAAUGCUCACCCAUGACUUCUUUCUCUGCCCUACUCUUUCCCUCUGCAUAUGAGAGAUGCUACUGAUCUUAGCGUCUAGAGACAGAAAUAGAUAUAUAUUAAUAUUAAAAAAAAAAAGUAAAUAGUGUAAAUCAUGCUAACCUAGCAUUUCUAGAGCAGCAUUCAUCACCAUUCGCCCUAUAGCAUACUGUUGUGACUAAUAUGUCACAUGCUUCUUUCUCCACCCUUUCUCUGGGAGAGAAUCACAUGCAUGGACAUUUUGUAUUAAUCUUUUCCCUUUAAUAAUGCACACAUAUGUCACCACAUUUUGCUAGAGAAGGAAAUACCAAAGCCAAUUAUGUAGUGCUGGAAGACACAGUUUUGGGUCAGCUUUUCAGAAAGCUCUGUUGCACAAAUCUCCAUCUGGCCAAACCUUUACAAAUUCACCCCCAUGGUGAAUUUUGGAAGUCAAAAAAAGAGGGAGAGAGGAAAUUUCCACUCCCACUAGCUUAUGUUUUCUCUCUGUGUUUUUCUUUUCUGCUGCAAUAAGACUCCUAGCAUAGACUAACUCCAGAGCUAUUUGGAAAACAUGUGGUUAGAAAAUAUAGCCAGAGCAGAAGGACUGUCCACAUCUAGCCUGUCUUCUCCUCCCAUCUGCAGCCACCCUUAAGGCCCAAUGUUCUAGAAGAGGAAAACUGAACACCUUAGGUAACAAUCAAACAUACACUGGCGGACAAGAACCAAUUGUUUACACACCAGCAAUGCAGGAUUAGAAGAGACACUCUGCCAAAGAGACAUCACUGCCUUCCCUACACCCCCAGGAUUCAUUGUCUCUUAGCCUGGGAACCUGUCUCCGUUCCCAAACAUGGUUAUUUUUUUUGGCAGCAAGAUAGAGCAAACAGCACAAAGGGAACUGAGAAAAUCCUUCCAGUAAAGCUGUAGUCUCCUUUCUGUUCCCCUAAGGACAGAACCCUCGAAGUGUAGCUUACAGCACAUCCCGUCCUGCCACCUUGCUGGAAGGUGCUUGAUUCCAAAAGGAAUUGGAGUGCUCGCAGAACCCAGCCCAGCAAUUUCAACCUCAAAAAAAAUCAAUCUCCUACCUUUGCCACCCAAAAUACCACAACGUUUUGAAAAUGAAAUCACUGUUCAAUUUGAGUGGGUGUGUUAUUUCGAGACGGUUGUGUCAGCUCAUUGGCUCAGCUACAGACUCUGAUCUGCACAACGUCUGUUCCCCGACGCGUUCGGAUUCUUUGUCCCUGUUGGUCCCACAUACAAAUAGAUGCAAUCUGAUUCUCAGCGUCGCACCCAAGAGAAAGCAGCCCCUUCUUCCUGCAGUUUCCCACCUCAUCUCCAUGCAGCUCAGUCUCCCCAGCUCCUCUUGAGCCAGGGAUGAACACUGCAUCCCCGAACUGUGGACAGUGCAGACGCAGAGACGACUGAGCCAGGCUGCACCACUUAGCAGAACUUUGAUCAUAACGAGUGUGGCCACACUGCUGCCCACAGCCCUUUAGGAGCAGACACAGCACAGACAGGUUUGCACAGUGCUGAGCUCAGCGGGACCCAGACCAUCCCUGUGGAGUUAAGCUGAGCUGUGUUGUGCAGAUGUUCUCAUGUGAAGGUGCUCUGCUCUCCUUUGCCUUGUUCCUUAUUUUAAUUUAACUACACAUUGGAGGAAGAGGUCCUUAAAUCAUGUUCUCAGUGCACACAGAUCAGACCCCAUGCACUUUACUUAAGCCUUCAGAAAGUCCCACAUCACCUUCCAGGAUCUCUCCAUCAACUGCAUUUGUCUGCCCAAAGAUCUCACAGUUGCCUAGUGGCUCUUGGAGCUCAUCUCAGCUCCCUUUAAAGUCAGUAGAGAAACCAAGGAACUCCAACAAACUAUUAAUGCUAUUCCAGGUUGAACACUUAAAGGCAGCCCCAGUACAUGGCUAGGAAUGGCCACCUUGUCCAGUUUCACAGAAAGUGUCCCAGCAAAACACAGCUGAGGACUCCUAACCAUUAUGAAAAGUUUUUAAAAUCACAUCACUCAGCACCCAGAGCAUGAUUUCCUUCUGUCAGCAGGACGUGCAAACACGUUUUCUCACAAAGCCCAGCAGGAAGGAGGCUGCUUCCCAGGGACUGCCUUGCAGGGAGGAACCUCCACAAGGAUUUGUAGCUGCCAAACCCGAGAACAAAGGGGAGAUUCUUUGUUCCUCCUUCCAGGACACGUGCCUGGCCACCAGCUGAUGGAUGAGCCCCGGGUGGCAGCAAUGCCAUCAUCACUGUGCACAGAGCCAUCUCCAGGGGUAGGAUAUCCCCCUCAACUCAUCACCCACAACCUAGCACCACCCUUAGGUGAACUCCAAACCUCAGCAUUACCAAAGGAGGGCAGGAAACUCAAACACCAUCAUCUUGGAAAAGGAGGAGAGAAAAAUAUCAAGAUGUAUUUUGGCAAUUUUCUGUGUUGGUUUCUCCAUUUCCCCCUCUCGUGCAUUUUCUGCAGAGGCAAUCUGUCCUUUCCCUAAAUGCUGAGCAAUCCCAGCACAGAACUAAUCAAUAUUAAUGGCGAUGGGACCGGGGGUGGGAGGAGAGGAGGGAUUAACAUGACCUUUUUAAACACGCGCUGCCUCAGACGGUCACCGAGCAGCUGAGGAGAAAGCAGCCAGACGGUAAUGCCAUGUGCUUUCAGUAGCUUUGCUUUUUUUGAUGUUUGGUUUUUUUUUUCCUGUGAAUAUUUACUUCUGUUGUCUCAGAGCAGAUAGGAAUAGAAUCAGGUUGUCUUAAGGAAGGAAAAGGUAUAUGCCUGCCAGCAGCCCGCAGGCUGAGCCAUCCUUGGCAGAACCUCUGCUGAGCUCAGCAGAACAAUGCACGGGAUGGAUUUUAGCUUGAAUUCCUAUUAAAAAUGGGAACUGGAUGAGGGACGGUUUGCCAGUGCAGCAUUUAAUGCUGGUGUGCUUUGUGGAGAUCUGUUAUAAUGGGGUCCAAUCGAACGCACUGACUCGAAUAUUGAGUGUGAGAGCAAACAAAGGACCCUGCGAAGCAGCCCUCCUAUUGUCGGGCACAAAUGCACACAGCAGCUAAUCCCCCCUGCUGCGGGACCGACUUAGGGCAGUGUACUCAGAAUUAUAGAAAAAGCCUAUUAAUGAAAACAAAACCAUUAUUGAAACUAUUUGUGCAUGUCGGAUUCGUGGCUUAUUGCAGAAUUUCUGGGUGUCAGCAUUCCUCAAAGUAGCAGCUCAGGUCAGGAGGUACCGUGGGUUAUUCUUUGUGAAUGCACUGUAUUUAGGUUUGUUUCUACGUUCAAAAUGUGACUUUGAGAAACUGAUGCUGAGAAAUCUGUAUUAAAUUCUACUCAUGUCUUUCCUCUUCUGCUCUGAGAGCACCAAGCUUUGGGGAGCGGUCCCACAUUGAGGCGUGAGAUCUGUGUUUGUUUUUGAAUAAACAUUUUUACCGCAUUUCUUCACUUUUGCAGCAGGCUUUGCCUUGCAGAUGGCUGAUAGCACAGCACGAGCUAACAGAGCCGGGUGUGCUUUCCCUUUCUUUGUCAGGACCCACCAUGUCUGACAAACCAGAUUUCGCAGAAAUCGAAACGUUUGAUAAGACCAAGCUGAAGAAGACAGAAACAAGAGAGAAAAAUCCAUUGCCCACCAAAGAAAGUAAGUGCUUGUGGGGCUGUUUGAACCGAGAGCAGCGAAAAUAUCAGCCUGUAUUGCAGCUAACGUGCAAAAUGAAUAGUGAUCAAACUCAUCCCUGACUUAAAAGGGGACAAUGCCAAGAGUUGUGCUAAAUGUUGAGUUUCCAAAGGUAGGAGCAGCUAAAACCAGUUGUGCUUUUUGUGUAGAGGUAAUCUGAUAGUAACAUACCCUGCUAAAAGCAAAGGUAAUGGGACAUACCUGCACAGAUGCUCAGGAGGGGAGGCAGUGUCCCAGGAGGGGCCUGACCCUGGUUUGGCACAUCAGAGCUGUGGGAAUAAAGCAGCAGCAGAAGCCCAUCACUGCCUGUAUUGAACAGGAAACCUCUCUGAGCACAGGGCUGCAGUCCCAGACUUUUUCCAUCCCCCAUGCUUGUGCUGUACCAGAUGCUGGCUGCAUUUCCCAUUCAGUUUUGGGUGUGAAAAUGGCACUUCCCUGCUCUUGGACCAGGCUUUGGGAGCAGCCUCUCUCAGAAGAGCACCACUAGCCACAUAGGAAGCCAUUAAAUUAAUAUUCUAUCAGAUGGUUUCUACUCGGGGUGUGUCAGUGCUGGUAGCCACGGGGACGCACUUCUCCUCCCAGCAAGAAACCCAUUCUGCCUCUGCUUUGUUGUCCCUGCUGAUGUUCUGUCUGUCCUAUAAGAGGAAGAUGCAACAUCAUGAACUGCACCUUGGUAGCAAGGCAGACAAAGGAAUAUGUCAGAAUUUUGGGGUGGUCAAAUCCAGUGGGGAUUUGCCACCCCUCAGACACAGAGACCUGUUUUGGCCCCAACCCUUGCAGUGCUGAUUGACAGUGGUUUUGUUCUGUGUGUUUUUUUGGCAGCUAUCGAACAAGAAAAGCAAAGUGAGAACGCAUCCUGAGCGGCAGAGAGAUGAUGUGACUGCUGCUUCUUCAGUGGGGUUUGGGCUUCUGUGCCGGUUUUGUUCAGUUUUGUUUCCCCUCCCUUCCACCUUCCCCUCAGUGCUCAUUAUCCAUUUCAUUUAGCAAACAUUCCUUUCAUGUUCCCAGGAAGAAGUUUGUUUUGUAUUUGUUGCUCUGUAUUCUUGAAAUGGAAAUUCAAAGUUCUG